CUCUCGGUGGCCGUGCCCCCUGCGCUCUCACCAGACCCUCCUGACACAGCUACAGCCCUCUGAGCAGUGACAGCCUCUGCUGGUUCUCUAACUGAAAUCCCCUCAUUUGUUUGCCACCCUCCUACCUUGUUGUUCUCUCGUCUUCCUCCAACCUCCCUCCUCUCAUCAUCUUUGCGAAGUAGACCUGCCGUCUCUUUCAUUCCCCUCGCGCACUCUCCGUCAGCAAUCUUCAAGCGGCCUCAAGCUGGCCGGAAGCCCAGCAGCUUGUGCGGGAACUCUAUCGUCCUAUAUCGCCUCUGGGUUGCGAUCCACCAUUGUUACUGAGCAGCGAUACCCAUGGCCACGCGGGAGGUAACGGAGGGUCCUGAGCGCGCGCUCGUGCGAAAUCGAGAGGUGCACGUGGUGGACCUGAAGAGCAGCUGCGCAUGCUGCAGACAAGGAGUGACCCGGGUGCCUGCGGAGGAGAAUGACGCGCUGUUCAACUGCGAGCCUCCCUACAAGGUGCUCUUCUUCGCUGACGGAAGCGAGCGAAGUAAGCUAGAUGUGGAACGAGAGCGAGACAAAAUCCGCAGCAAGUUCAAUGAGGGAGCAUCUAGAGCAGCACAGAACGCAAACAACCUUCAGCUCAUGGCCUUGGCGGAGAACGUCAUCUUCGAGUACUCCUUCCAGAAAGACAUCUCGCAGCUAGCUCGAGCAGUCGAUGAGAUCAAGCCGGUCAUCCUGCAUCUUGCCUGCCACGGCUCCAAGGAGGGAGUGAUGACGAUAGGAGGAAAGACCAUCACCCCCCAUGAGCUCGCUCGCUCUCUUUGCGGGAUGGCUGAGAGCAACACAAGGCUGCGGCUGGUGGUGCUCAACUUGUGCUGGUCGGGCGUAGUCGCCAUGGAGCUGAGCCAGCAUGUGGACUUUGUGAUCGGGCAUGAUGCUUCAGUAGAGGACAAGAACGCCAUCGCCUUCUCCAAGAGCUUGUACUACUGGCUGGGUCGCAAUAUAACUCUCCUCAGCAAUGUUGCAUGCAUGUCUCGUCCGUCAUGUCGGACAUUUCACCCGCUUGCUCGCGUUCCGAGUGAGGUGAGGACGUGGCGAGGGACGGAGCGACACUCCUCGAGCACAGACUUGAGCAACAGAGAGGAGGCGAUCAGCCCCUGCCAAAGUCCAGCUGGCUGCAUGAGCA